AAUACAAACAACACACAUUUGCAUUUGCACAUCAACCCAACACAUCAACAUAGUUUUAUUAUUAACCUGAAAAAAAAGUGAUUAUCCAUAUCCAAAUGGAAUAAAUUUGCACGGCAUCAAAAAUUGCCAACAUUCUAAUAGUUAAAAUACACAAUUGCUGGUUCUACAGCUCAGUUGGUCUGUGUUUCAUAGAUUGAAUUUUGUGAAAUCGGAAAACCUUAAAUUGCAUAUAAAAAAAAUCUAUUGUUAUCUGAGUGAACGCAUCUUCGUACAUUAGUCCCAGGGUGUAAUAUUAAUUGCAUCUGGUUGGUUGGCAACAAAUGUACAAUAUAUAAUUGCUGCUGCUGCAUAAGAAUCCAACCAAACAUUUGUGCCGUUUCAUCGACAAUCGCAUUAUCAAUGAUAAUUUAACGAUUUUAAGACACAAUUUUUAUUUGUAAAAGUGUGAAGUUUUUCGAUUAAAGAAUGGCUGAUAUGGCUGCAAGCACCUCAACCAUACAGGGCACAUUAAAUUUGAGUGACAAACAGGAGCUCAAUGAAAUACGUGAAAUUGUCUGGGGACCAAGUAUUCGAUUAGACGUUUUUCAGCGAUGGUCACAAGGUUUUGAAUUCAGCGAACAUGAACCAUCAGCCUUAGUUCAAAGACAGGGUGGACCAUGUGCAGUUAUCGCACCUGUGCAAGCGUUCUUACUGAAAACAGUCUUAUUAGAAACCAGUAGCGAACAUUUCAGUAAUUUGACAGCGGACCAAUGCAAAAAUCUACUCAUUCAAGCAAUCUGUGCUAUUUUGAAAAAAUGUAAAGACGAUAAGUUUAGAAUAGUCACUUUGCCAGAAGAAGAUAACGUGCCAUCGUCUGCAGCAGCAACUACACCCGGACAAGAGUCGGAAUCAAGUCAAGUACCUGCUGAAACUUCGACGGAACCAAGCGCAAAUGUAUCGCCGAGUCAAAGAACUACUGAAUGGGUUCCAGAUGAAUUCCAUGAACGUUUAUCAGUUCGAUAUUUCGAUAAUAUCGAAGAGGUUGAACAAUUUUACACAGAAAAUCAUCACGUUUUGACUGGCAGCUAUGGCGUUCUGAAAUUCAUGUACACAGUUUUAUUGACAAAGAAAGUGCAAAAUAUUAUGGCGGAAUUAUUGGACACGUCAGAACCGCUGAUACAUGACACUUAUGGUUGUGGAUCCCAAGGACUUAUCAAUUUAAUGCUAACUGGUCAGUGUGUUGGGCAUGUUUGGGAUUUUGAUCAAGACGUUGGUGGAUUGAAAUUAAGAGGAAUAUCGCAGCAGUCAGACAUUGGAUUUCUCACAUUAAUGGAGCAACUGCGAUACUGUACUGUGGGAUCAUUUUAUAAAAAUCCAAAAAAUCCUGUUUGGGUGAUGGCAUCUGAAACUCAUUUAACUGUUUUAUUCAGUAACGAAAAGAAUUUAGUUUCGAAGGAAACACCCAGCGAAGUGGCACGACGUGUAUUCAAGUCAUACGAUCCAGAUGGGAAUAAUUUCAUACCGAAUCCGGUAUUACAGGAUGUUUUGAGUGCUUUAGAAUUGGUUAGCGAACCGGAAUAUGUGGACAUAAUGAGCAAAAAGUUGGAUCCGGAAGGAUUGGGCAUCAUUUUGCUUAAUGCAUUUAUGGAUGAAUUUUUCCCAGAAGAAAAACGAUCAACACCAGACACAUUUGAUCUGAUACACUACAACGGCAUCCCCAGAUCAAACGUGGAAGACAAAGUGAAAUAUCAUUAUGGUGCGGCCAUACUUUUGGAAAGUGAUUUACGCUCCGUUUCCAUAUCAAAUCCAAUGAUAACAUGUUUACAGACCAAAUGGCCAAAUAUAGAGGUAAAUUGGACGGACAAUCGAACUCCAUCAUUGAAUUAACGCGGCCACCCAUCUGACGGCUGACGUGUAUUAGAAGCAGAGAUUUUUUAUCAGGAAUAGAACACACAUACACACAAUUCCACAAUAUUAAUGUGAAAGGGAAAAUGUUUACCUUUUAUUUGGUAGAAAUGAUAGUAAGAGAACCACUUUUAACUACAACAAAGCUUUAGCCAGACAAUUCAUCUAACUCCAAGCGACUACGUUUUUUUAAAAAUUAAUUGGCACAUUUUUCAAUAGCCAUCAAAAAGAGUGGAUUUUUUUCGCAUAUAUUACAUCGUAUAGUUAGGUUUUACGAGACAGCAUGUGUUCACCCUUAAACAUUUUGAAUAACGAUAUAUUUUACAAUUAUUUAAUGAAAUUGUACAUUCAUUUGGGAAUCGAAAAGUGUAGUCCAACAUUUUAUAUAAUUCAGAUUCGAUUUAAGACGGUAAAAAGAAAUGAAUUGUAAAUAAAAGUGCUUUCGUUUGAUUUUUUUCGAUGAAAUUUUGGCACCUCUCAAAUACAAUAUAAAUUUCGGAUAAAACUUCUAUGUGCAGAUGGAUUUCCUAAGAAAAAAUGUGACAUCCAGUGAAAAUUUCUUUGUUGAAUAAAAAAUAAUGUGACUCCAA